UAUGCUUCCCUGGAAAAAAAAACUCUAAUCACUGCGUUAGCAACAUCGAAAAAGUUAAAACUAAUAAUCCAAUUAUUUUAAUCCCAUAACUACCAAAAGAUUCAAUAAUGAUUCAAUAAAGUAGAAAAUAAAAACAAAACUAGGAUAAAGGUGAGUGCAAAAACUGCAAAGUCGUCCCCAUCUCUAAGAGUUUCAUCUUUGAUCAAUCUGGAAUCUUGAUCAAUAGAACCCAAAUCACAUUGCAAAUCCAUCAGAGAGAGAAAGAGAACGAGAAUGGAAGAUAGAAGCAUAACCGAAAAUGGAAACAGAGAACAAAACCCAUCAAAGGUGGUCACUUCCACCUCUAAUGGUUCAAUUUGUGGGUUCGAAUCGCUUCACCACCUCCUUCGUUCUUCUCUCCCUGUCGACACUUUCCAGGAAGUAAGCAGGUUGAUUCAUGGAAUGAAUUGUGGAAAACCACUUGAUCCUAUCACACUUCCAGCUGCAGCUUCAAGUUUGUCCUCUGACCAUGAUUUUGAUCUUCAGGCAUACUGCUUUCAAGCUCAGAAGGAAUCUCUAAGAGAGCCUCGGAUUGUAAGAGUGGGUCUUAUUCAGAAUUCUAUCGCCCUUCCCACUACAGAACCUUUUUUAGAGCAGAGAAGGGCCAUUUUUCAGAAAUUGAAGCCCAUAAUAGAGGCUGCAGGUGCUUCAGGAGUCAAUAUUUUAUGCCUUCAGGAAGCAUGGACUAUGCCAUUUGCGUUUUGUACCCGAGAGAAAAGUUGGUGUGAAUUUGCCGAGCCUGUCGAUGGGGAGUCAACAAAAUUUUUGCAACAUCUUGCAAGGAAACACAACAUGGUGAUUGUAAGUCCCAUUCUAGAGAGGGAUGUUGUACAUGGAGAGACAAUAUGGAACACUGCUGUUAUUAUUGGAAAUCAGGGUAACAUCAUUGGCGUACAUAGAAAGAACCAUAUUCCUAGGGUUGGGGACUUCAAUGAGAGCACAUAUUACAUGGAAGGAAACACUGGACACCCCGUUUUUGAGACAGCAUUUGGAAAAAUUGCCGUUAACAUUUGCUAUGGUAGGCAUCAUCCUUUAAACUGGAUGGCUUUUGGCUUGAAUGGAGCAGAGAUAGUAUUUAACCCAUCAGCUACUGUUGGUGAACUCAGUGAACCCAUGUGGCCAAUUGAGGCACGUAAUGCUGCAAUAGCAAAUAAUUAUUUCGUUGGCUCAAUAAACCGGGUUGGAACCGAGAGCUUCCCGAAUCCAUUCACCUCUGGAGAUGGAAAGCCACAGCAUAAGGAUUUUGGUCACUUCUACGGUUCCAGUCAUUUUUCUGCACCAGAUGCUUCUUGCAGUCCGUCCCUCUCUCGUUACAGAGAUGGUUUGAUGGUUGCAGAUAUGGAUUUAAACCUCUGUAGGCAGAUCAAAGAUAAGUGGGGUUUCAGAAUGACUGCAAGGUAUGAACUCUAUGCAGAGAUGCUCGCUCGUUAUGUGCAUCCAGAUUUCCAGCCUCAGAUCGUUACUGAUCCAUUAAUUCCAUUGGUAGAUAACAAGUUUCCAUCUUAACUCUUUUCUCGUACGAAAUAAGUGCGGUGUAUAUGUUAAGUAAUUUAUAGAUGGAUGGAGUAUAAUCAAGGACUUUGGUUUGCAAGUUUGUAAAUUUCAAAGCAUAGAAAUCGACUGUGAGACCCCUCUUGAUCUUCCUUCACCUUUUUAUCAGUAUUUUUCUUUUA